AUGCCUCAUUUUACGCCCAACACAGACGCUCCAUCGGAGUGGAACGCGUCGGACCAGGCCAUUGCCAUCAUCGGCAGCGGUUGUCGCUUUCCCGGUGGUGCUCAAUCGCCUUCGAAACUCUGGGACCUGUUGGUCAAUCCUCGAGAUGUUUCCUCCCCAUUGCCGCCGUCAAGAUUCCAGGCGCAGGGCUUUUAUCACCAAGACUCCGCGCAUCAUGGCCACACAAAUGUCAAAGAUCUCCAUGGCUACUUUCUCGCAGAAGAAGGCGUCGAACGGCAAUUCGAUGCGAAUUUUUUUGGCAUCAACAAUGCCGAAGCCAAUGUGCUGGACCCCCAGAUGCGUCUCCUGCUCGAAGUGACGUAUGAAGCAAUGGAGAAUGCGGGGAUCACGAUCGAGUCGCUGCAGGGAACAGAGACGGGGUGUUAUGUUGGUCUCAUGAGUGGCGAGUACGAAUCGGCAAUGUUGAAAGACCCCGAGACGAUUGGAACAUACCAUGCCACGGGAACUGCACGAAGCUUCAUGUCGAACCGAUUAUCAUAUUUCUUUGACUGGCACGGACCGUCGAUGACGAUUGAUACGGCCUGUAGUUCCAGUCUGGUGGCCGUUCAUCAAGCCGUACAAUUGCUACGAUCCAAACAAUCCAACAUUGCUGUUGCAGCAGGGGCCAACAUGAUCCUGGAUUCUAGCAAUUACAUUAGCGAGAGCAAGCUUCAAAUGCUGUCCCCGAAUGGUCGAUCGAGGAUGUGGGAUUCGAAGGCGGAUGGCUAUGCGCGUGGCGAAGGUGUCUGUACGUUGAUUAUGAAGAGACUUGCGGACGCGGUGGCCGAUGGAGACUACGUGGAGUGUGUCAUUCGAGAGACCGGGUGCAACUCCGACGGCCGCACCAAUGGAAUCACCCGGCCAUCAGCAAGUGCACAAGCUGCGCUGAUUCGAGCAACAUAUGCAAGAGCCGGGCUGAACCCAUCAUCGGUUGAUGAUCGACCGCAAUACUUUGAAGCACACGGCACUGGCACAGGCAUCGGAGAUCCUACAGAGGCAGAGGCCAUCCACUCCGCCUUCUUUGGCGAUUCGAGUGCUGAUCAAGGUCAACUCCAGAUCGGCAGUAUCAAGACUGUGUGCGGGCACACUGAAGGUACUGCUGGCGUAGCGGGCGUACUGAAGGCCUCUUUGGCGUUGCAAAACGGUGUCGUGCCCCCGAAUCUGCUCUUCGAAUCACUGAACCCCAGUCUCAAGCCAUUCGUGGAUCACUUGCAUCUCGCCACGACUUCCUCCCCAUGGCCAGCUACAGGGAAGGGAGAACCACGACGUGCAAGUGUGAACAGCUUCGGGUUCGGCGGCACCAACGCUCACGCCAUCCUGGAGUCCUUCGACAAUCAUAAUGAAACGACAGAAUCAGGGACUUCAGCGCCGGUCUUUACGCCCUUUGUUUUUUCCGCUGCAACGCCGAAGGCGUUGCGAAACUACUUGCAAUCCUUCAUUGAUUAUCUCGAACGCAAUGCGGAGACUGUGCGAAUUCGAGACCUUUCGUAUACAUUGCACAGCCGUAGAAGUCGUUUAUCACACGCGGUAUCCGUUGUUGCAGCGGACAGCCUCGAGCUUCUGGCGAAGUUGAAGGACAUUCUUCGAACUUCUGAAGCUGAGAAGAAGCCCAUCGGCGUCCGGACCGCACGCAUCUCGGAGGGCAGCUCUGAUGUUCUGGCAAUCUUCACUGGCCAGGGUGCUCAAUGGGCAACCAUGGGGGCCGAGCUGCUCACCGGUUCCGAGAUGGCGUCGAACAUCAUAGCACGGCUAGAAAAGCGGCUAGCUCAACUUCCGGAAUCCCAUCGUCCUGAAUGGUCGCUGAGAGGAGAGCUAUUGAAGGCUGCUGAUGACUCUCGGGUCAAUGAGGCACGAUUUUCUCAGCCACUAUGCACGGCCAUUCAGAUACUCUUGAUUGAGAUUGCCCGCUCGGCUGGUCUGAAGCUGGGCGCCGUAGUAGGCCACUCAUCCGGCGAGAUGGCCACUGCCUACGCUGCUGGCGUCAUUUCAGCAGAGGAUGCGAUCUGCAUCGCGUACUACCGUGGUUUGUUCACCAAGCUUGCAGGAAGCAGCAAUGGGCAACCAGGAGCGAUGAUGGCAGUAGAUACAUCGGCCGAGGAUGCGUCGGAAGUGCUAGAAUCCGGUCAAUACCAGAACCGGGUCACCAUUGCCGCGAUUAACUCUUCCUCGAGUGUGACGCUCUCGGGAGACCUGGACGCGAUUGAGGAGCUUCGUGAGCUUUUUGAGGACGAAGAGAUUUUUGUGCGUGUGCUCAUGGUGGAGAGAGCAUAUCAUUCGCAUCACAUGGUACCUGCUGCAGACAAGUUGCUUCAAGCUCUUGUGGACCUCGACAUUAAGGUGAAUGCGAAUCCAUUGAGCAAACACAUCUGGAUAUCGAGCGUCACAGGCCAACGGGUCACCGAAAAGAACAGCGAUCGGCUGAAAGCGGCGUAUUGGGUCGACAAUCUUCUCAGUCCCGUGUUGUUCGUGCAAGCGCUGAAGGAAGCAGUCAAGAUAAUUGGCACUCCUGCUGCUGCACUGGAAAUUGGGCCGCAUCCCGCUCUACGACGUCCUGCAGAACAAACCCUCCGCGAAGAAUGUAUGCGAGGAGAAGAAAUCACAUACACAUCACUAUUGAAGAGAUCUUCUUCCGCAAUCGCCUCAGUCGCUGGCGGUCUGGGGCAUCUAUUGCUUUACAUGCCCCCUUCUGGUCUGGACUUGCAAGCUUACGAGCGUUUCAUAUCCGGUGGGAGUUCCUUGAGAUUCGAGAGGACUACUCCUGGCUAUGUGUGGGACCAUGAUACGAAUUAUUGGCAUGAUUCCCGAAGCACGCGAGCAUAUCUCCAGCGAGCUCCCGAGCACGAGCUGCUUGGACAUCUCCAUGAGGCUGCAGACGGUGUCCGGCAGUGGCGCCAGAUCCUAAGUGCUAAAGAGAUUUCAUGGCUCGGUGGACAUCGUCUGCAAGGUCAAAUUGUCUUUCCCGCUGCAGGAUAUGUGGCACUCGCCAUCGAAGCUGCGAGAGAGUACGUCCGGAGCCUGGAAGAUGCUUCCCCGGUCGCCCUGUUCGAGGUGCACGAUAUUGAUAUCAGCCAGGCCAUGACAUUCAACAGUGAUGAUGCCAAAGUCGAGGCAUUGUUUCGACUGUACAACAUCACGCACCGUGAUGAUAGCGUGACGGCAGACUUCCAGUAUGUGGGAGCAGCCGUGACUGCCGCCUCAUCGCCGGGGCUCGUCGAUCUCCCCCUUCGAACACUUGCUACAGGCUCUGUCGCAAUCACACUAGGAGAGCCCAACCCUGCUUCGCUGCCGCCUCGAGGCCCGGCUCCAGAGAACACUCUUCCGGUCCGAACGGAGGAUCUAUAUCAGAGUCUCCAGCGCAUGGAAUAUCAAUAUACCGGGCCCUUCUACGCUCUCCAAGGACUCGAGCGACGUCUGGGGGCGGUCAGAGGACAAGUCAAGUGUCCGGAUGAUCCGGAGUCGACACUAAUGAUUCAUCCAGCCAUGUUGGACGCCGCAUUUCAGUCCGUGCUCCUGGCACAAGCAGCUCCAUAUGAUGGCACGCUCUGGUCACUUCAUGUUCCACGAACAAUCAAGCGCAUCACAGUCAAUCCUGCUCUCUGCCAGCCCGCAUUGACCAAGGGAAAGAUGUUGGAGCUCGACGCGUGCCAACCGGUACAGAAAGGCAAAUUUGAAGGUGACGUCGACGUGUACCUGCCAUCCAGCAAGGGGCAGCAGCAUGCAAUUUGUCAAGUUGAAGGCCUCGAUUGUAUUCCCUUUGCUCCGGCAUCUGCCAAAGACGACAAAAAGAUCCUGUCGGUGGUGGAAUGGGGCCCCGCGUAUCCGGAUGCCGCGGUUGCAUCGCAAGAUCUGAGCCCCACGCAGGAGGAAGUGCAAUUGGGUCAGCUGCUGGAGAGGCUUUCGCAAUUUUACAUGCAGAACAUGUGUCGAGCGAUACCUCCGGGAGAUGCUCGACGCGAUAGCAGCCCGAUUGCAGGCAUUUUCGGGUUUGCUAGUCAUAUUGACUCGCUCAUCCGAUCCGGGGACAGGAAGUUUUGGAAAGCGGAGUGGCAUGAGGACACCUUCGAGACGAUCGCGGAAGCCAUUGCACCCUUCCAAGACAAUGUCGACAUUCGGCUCCUUCAGCGGAUCGGCGAGAAUUUGAUCCGAAUCGCCAGCGGAGAGGUGGGGGCCAUUGAAAUUGCCAUGGAGGACCACUUGCUGAACGAAGUGUACGUGGCCAGUCUGGGACUGAAGGAGGUCACGCAUUUUGUGGCCAAGGUGGUGCAUCAAAUCACGCACCGCUAUCCCCACUUGAAUGUACUGGAAGUCGGCGGAGGGACAGCGGGAUGCACCAAGGCCAUUUUCCGGCUGACGGAUGAGUUUGCCUCGUACACCUUCUCUGAUGUGUCCUCGGCAUUCUUCCCGACGGCGCAACAGGUGUUUGCCGAUCAGGCAUCGAAGUUCAAGUAUCAGGUGUUCGACGUCGGCAAGGACCCGGUGGAGCAGGGACUGCAGGCCGACAGCUACGAUGUCAUUGUUGCCUCGAUGGUGCUGCACGUCACCCGCGACCUGGCCGAGACGAUGCGGAACAUCCGGCGCUUGUUGAAGCCGGGCGGGUACCUGAUUAUACAGGAAGGCUUCAGCAACAAUGUCGGACGCAGUGGCGCCAUCUUCGGCGCCUUCCACGACUGGUGGCUGGGACGGGACGACGGCCGUACUCUGGGGCCGUUGGUGUCCGUUGCCGAAUGGGACGCCGUGUUGCGCCAGACCGGCUUCUCGGGCGUCGACACGUGCUCGUCCACCGACCAUCCCUUCUCGCAUCCCACCGCCGUCUUUGUCAGCCAGGCCGUCGACGAGCGGGUGGCGCAUCUACGGGAGCCCCUGACCGUUCCGCUGCCAUCCUCGCUUCCGCCGCCCAGUGACGAGCUCGUGCUCAUCGGCGGCAAGACCCCGCGGACCCAGAAUCUUCUCGCCGCUCUCGUCCCGAUGCUCGAGCACCCCUUUCCACGUGUGACCACAUUCGCAUCCUUCUCGGAUCUGAUCACUGCGCCCGGCCGUUCCGACAUCUCAUCCUCGACUUCUAUCUUGACUCUCUCCGAGCUGGACCAGCCACUGCUGCAGGUCGUCGACCAAUCCGAAUUUGAUGCAAUCAAAGCAGUCUUGUGCAGUCUCGGGUCCAUCUUCUGGGUGACACAUGGCAGACGGGCGUCAAAUCCGUUCACCAACAUGACCGUGGGAAUGCUGCGUGGGGUGCUGUGUGAAGUGCCGACACUGACUUUACAGUUUCUGGAUUUUGAACAUGAUGCAUCGCUCACCCCGCACGCCAUUGCCACCGCAGCACUCCGCUUCCGUGCACAGCUCGCUAUUGCCAAUCGCCGAGAAGGUGGAAAGCCGAUAUUCGGGAAUCUGGAGCGCGAACUCGUCCAAGAUGCCCGCGGCGAGAUGCUCAUCCCUCGCCUCGUGCCGAGCAAGGACAUGAACGAUCGUUACAACUCAUCCCGACGCGCCCUGUACCGAGACAUGCCGCUCGAUCCCAAUGGUGCUAGCCACACCAUCGCUCUGAAAUUCCAGCCCGCCACCUCGACAUAUCGCUUCGAGGAUGAGCCGAUCGUUGCUUCCCAGCUACCUUGGGCCGUCCCGCUCAGCUCCUUGCUUUCCGCACUUCGCUGGACUGAUGAGUGUAGCCACGCCUAUCUCAGUCUCGCAAGGGCUGCUGAUACAGGAGCAUUGCAGCUUGUUCUCUCAUCCCGACUAGGGCCUAGGAUUCAAGUGCUGCACAGUGUUGCCAUGCAGACGGUAAUCCCACCUGCUUCUCACGCUCGAUUCCUGGUUCUUGUUGCAGAAUCUCUCAUCUGCGCGCGCAUCCUAGACACCGUCUCUAAUGGAAGCUAUGUGGUCAUGUUGAACCCUGAGCCCUCCUUCGCGACAACCCUGCGAGAGUUGGCAGAGCAUCGCAACGUCCAGUGCACUCUGAUCGAGACGACAUCAUCGAACGAUGGUUCUACAGACAUAACACGGAUUCGUGUCAACCCCAGAUCUCCCGAUCGCCUUUUGGAUGCUCUUCUUCCAUCCGACAAGGCAUUAUUUGUCAAUUGCGAAAGACAUGCCGGACCGUCGAAGAUCGCCGCUCGUAUCAUGACACUGCGAGCGCACUACCAGAUUGCAGCGUUGAACGACUACUACUCAGAAUCGACCUUCAGUGUCGACGAUAUGGGACAUCUGAGUUCCCCGCACAAACUCAUCGAUGCAGUCCGAUUUGCCUCGCGCCAUUGCAGCACGGCAACCUCCAUACCAGAUGUUCCCAUCGUACCUGCCAGUGAGCUUGCAUUGAACGAGGAAGCCACCCCCAUUGACGCAAGAAGAUCUGUUGUCGCGUGGAGUCCCAGCCCCAACGUCCCGGUCAAGGUACGCAGGGUCGAGGAUAGCGUCCAGUUUUCUGGUGACAAGACUUACUGGCUUGCGGGACUCAGCGGAGGUCUGGGACUUUCGCUGUGCGAAUGGAUGAUCGCUCAUGGUGCAAUGCACAUCGUCAUCACCAGCAGAGCUCCCCGAAUCGCGAGGUCAUGGGUGGAAUCGAUGUCAACACGGGGAGCCCAGGUGGUCGUGCUUCCUUGCGACUUGACCAGCAAAGAACAGUCGUCUUCCAUUUACGACCGGAUUCGCUCAUCCAUGCCACCUCUGGGAGGCGUCGCCCAAGGAGCUAUGGUGCUCCAGGAUACGGGAUUCCAGGACAUGAGCUCGAAUAUUAUGGAGAAGGUCUUGAGACCCAAAGUGGUCGGCAGCAUCAAUUUGGAUAACCUGACGCAAGCUCUUGAUCUGGAAUUCUUUGUCUUCUUCUCAUCGGCCACCGCUAUUAUUGGCAACGCGGGACAGUCCAACUACUCGGCUGCGAAUAUGUUCAUGACCAGUCUCGCGGAGCAGAAAAGACAACGCGGACAAGCAGCCUCCGUCAUCCACAUUGGUCCCAUUCUGGGCGUGGGAUACGUCACUCAGCAAGGCGAGGCGGUGCGAGACAUCUUUGCUCGGCAGGGCGAAUACACGUUCAUGUCGGAGAGCGAUUUCCACCAACUCUUUGCAGAAGCUGUGGUGGCGGGCAGACCACAAUCACAGGAGCGACAGCCGCUGGAGAUUUGCAUGGGCAUCGCCAAGCUCGAGGAAAAGCCGGCCAAAGAGUUGGCAUGGUAUGUCAACCCGCUCUCGACACACAUGACGGGCAAUAUUACGGCCGAAAUUGCAUCCAAAACAUCGCAAUCACGAGCUUCCGUGAAAGCAUUGCUCGAAAAAGCGACGACGGAGGAACAGAUCUUCGAUAUAUUGCAGGAUGCCUUCCUCCCUGCCUUGUGCGCGCUUUUCCAGCUCGAUUCCACCUUGGCCGAAGACCCGCACCUGCUUGACGAACGACUCGAUCGCUUUGGCCUCGACUCGCUGCUCGCCGUCGAGAUCCGCAUGUGGUGGCUCAAAACCCUCCAUGUCAAUAUCCCGGUUAUGAAGAUCCUCUCCGGAGUCACGGUGCGUGACGUGAUUGGGUUCGGUGCCGCCGACCUCUCACCAGAGCUGGUGCCGAAUUUGAUAAUUCAAGACGACACUCCAGCAGAGAGCCAGGAGCUCCAGAAUGGUCACGAUGCCAGUGCCAAUGGGUCCAAGUACGUCAGCCCCCAACCACAACUCCCCCCUGUGGUGCAAUCAAUGGAAAUGUCAUUCAAUCAAAAGAUGUAUUGGUUCGGUCUGACGUCAACCCAGGACAAGUCCUCACUGAAUCACACCGCGUGUUACCGAAUCACGGGCAAGCUCCGGGUAGAUGACCUGGAGCGUGCGAUUCUGCAUCUGGGACAGGUACAUGAUGCCCUGCGAGUCUGUUUUCGAACGUCCGAAGGGCACACGAGGAUGGGCAUUGUACAGUCGUGCACUUUGCGGGUGCAACGUGAGCGCAUUACCAGUCAAGCACAAGUCGACGACUUCGUCGAAAAAGUGCAAACGACUGCCUAUGCUCUUGAUUACGCGGAGACCAUGCGCAUCUUUCUGCUCUCUCUCUCUGAAAACGAGCAUUAUCUAGUCUCCGGCUCGCACUCGCUAGUGAUAGAUGGUCUCUCGUCCGUCGUCUUUCUCCGAGAGUUAGUCCAACUGUACCAAAAUUUCUCGUCUUUGGACGAAACGGAACUGUAUCAACACUCGGAAUGGGUGCAAUCCCAGCAUGAAGCGUAUAAGAGCGGUGCCUUUGACGCGAGCCUCACUUUCUGGAAAGAUUGCUGGGCUUCGCCGCCGCCGCCAUUACCUACACUUCGGAUCUCGCAGCGGGUCAACAGGUCUUGGCUAGGCGAGUAUGACAAUGUCAGAGCGGAAGCGGUUAUCAGCAAAGCGGUCAAAAGCCGUAUUUGGUCCGUCUGCCGGCGAAAUAACGCUCGGCCGUUCCAUUUCUUCCUGGCGGUGUUCCGUACGCUGCUCGCUCGACUUGCAGAUGUUCCGGAGGUCGCUAUUGGAAUCAGUGACUCCAAUCGACCGCAGCAAGACUCAGUUCGCGUGCUGGGAGCGUUUGCCAACAUUGUGCUGGUCCGGUGUUGCAAUGAUCCAUCACAGCGUUUCAACAACGUCCUUCGUGAUUGCGUAGAGAAGACGACUGCUGCGUUGCAGCAUUCUGAUGUCCCGUUCAAUUUGCUUCUUUCUGAACUCGGAGAGACACGAUCGACAAAUCAUGCCCCCUUGGCGCAAGCAUUCUUUGACUACCGCCAGGGCAUGCGGAAGAAACAGAAUCUCGACGAUUGCGAACUGGAGUUGUUGUCUUUCCAGGCAUCCAAGAUACCAUACGACAUCACCUUGGAUAUCAUCGACGAUUCGAUCGAAGGCAACUGUGCUCUCCAUCUCAUCGUUCGCAAUGAUCUAUACACGGAGCAGCAAGCGGACACAAUGGUUAAAUGGAUCGUGAAGCUGGCUUCAUCAUUUGCGCGAAUUCCGAAUUUGACACUGGAUGCAGCAGCCAUGUUUGAUGCCCAGGAGAUGGAAAGAGUUCAUGAGCUCAGCAUUGGUCCUUACCCGAGCUCCACUGCAGAGACCGUCCUUGACCUGAUCAUGACCUGGGCGGAGACGAACCCCAGUGCAGGCGCACUCAAGACAGCGGGUGAAGGUAGUCGUGUCAUGAGUUAUGCAAGCAUGAUGCAGAGUGCAAACACACUCGCGAAAGCUCUCGUUGCAGAUGGAUGUGUCAAAGGCUCCAUUGUUGCGACGUAUUGCGAACGCACUCCCGAAUGGAUGUGCUGCGUUCUGGGCAUAUUGCGAGCCGGCGCCAUUUGUCUCCCGCUCGAUAUCAGUCUGCCAGUUGCCCGUCUAGAAGGAAUCGUGAAGCAUAGUGAGCCCCGACUCAUCAUUUCUCAAGAGCAUAGCGAGCUCGAGCAAUCGCUUCUUGAAACAGGCAUCUCUUCGAUGGCUCGCAUAGCGACUAUCUCGCAGCUCAUCCAUCAUGACAGGUGUGGAAAAUCAAUGAACGGGCCAUGUGUCGAGAUACCUUCCAUCCAGGGAGGCGAUGCGGCCGUGGUGUUCUACACAAGCGGUUCCACGGGCGCGCCCAAGGGCAUCAUCCUUCACCACGGAGGUCUCAAGAACUGGACUGAAGCCGCCCUGCUGCUAUUUGGCACCGAGAAAGGAGGGAAGUUCCUCCAACAAACUUCCUGCAGCUUUGAUAUGUGUUUCGUGCAGGCAUUCCUCGCGCUCUGUUCGGGCGGGCUCCUCUGUUUGGUACCUACGAGGCAUCGUGCAGACGCCACUUUCAUCACCAAGAUGAUUGCGGAAGAGAACAUCUCAUUCACCGGAGCGACGCCAUCUGAAUAUGCCAAUUGGCAUCGUUAUGGAGACCGCACGGCGCUCGCGCAGAACCUCCCGCACUGGCGAACAGCCUUAGCCGGAGGUGAGCCCACCACAUAUGGUACACUAGAGCUCUUUGCCUCCCUCGCGAAACUCAGUGCGUCCGGCGCACGACCACGCUUCUUCAAUGUCUACGGACCCACCGAGACCACAGCUGGUGCAGUGGGAACAGAGCUGGACUACUCGGGUGACAUCAAGUCCGUGAGGAUCACGGUAGGAAAACCUUUAUCGGGAUACCUUGCCUACAUACUGGAUGCCAAUUUGCAGCCAGUACCUGUCGGCGUCCAAGGUGAGAUUGUGAUAGGCGGUGCAGGAGUCGCCCAUGGCUACGUGAAGGACCCUGAGCUUUCUUCGCAGAGAUUCCUGCCCAAUCCACUGGCGCCGGAAAGCUAUCGUGCCCGAGGCUGGAACACUAUGCACCGCACGGGAGAUGUGGGAAGAUGGCUCGAAGAUGGCACCAUGGUGAUCGAGGGACGCAAAGCCGGUGAUACUCAGAUCAAACUUCGAGGACUCCGAAUUGACCUUGCUGAAGUGGAACACAGCAUGCUUCAGGAGAGUGACGGUGCGCUGGCUCAGGUCGUCGUGACACCUCGCCAGAUGGAACACCCUUCGUCUCCGCAAGAAGACAAUAGGGUGCUUGUUGCGUUUGCGAAGUUCAUGACCGAUGCAUAUCCAACACAGGAUGAACAGCAAGCGUUCCUGAACGAGCUCAUUGCUCGGUUGCAACUACCACAAUACAUGCGUCCUGCCGCAGCAUUCCCGGUCUCCGAGCUCCCAAUGCUGAUUUCCGGCAAGUUGGAUCGUAAGGCAGUGGCUGAGUUACCGCUCAAUCGAGGGAGCCAACCAGUCCCUCAACAGCCAUCAGCGAGAAUUGACGAUUGCCUCCUUACGGGAACGGAAUCCAAACUCAAGGAUAUCUGGAUCGCCUGUCUCUCCACCGAGGUCUCCAAGCAGUAUACGAUUGGACCAAGCACGGAUUUCUUCCAUAUCGGCGGAAAUUCCACUCUUCUGCUCAGAGUGCAAUAUGAGAUCCGAAAGGCGUGGAGUGUGGAAUUGUCGUUGAUGGACAUGUUCGAAUACACCACUCUCGGCGCGAUGGCUCGAAGAAUUGACCCCAAUAGUGUCUCGCAGUCUGACGAGACGCAAGGCAUUGACUGGAAUGCAGAAACAGAUAUUCCUGGUAGCUUCCUGACAGAGCUGCAUUUAGCCCAAUCUGUGAGGACCUCGCCACCACGAGUGAUUGCGAUGACAGGUGCCACCGGUUUCAUGGGCCAGGCAUUUUUGCAGGCGAUGAUAUCCGAGCCCACAUGCCAGCGUGUCCAUUGCAUUGCAGUUCGGACGGGAAGCGCACGCACCAAGCAAGUGUUAUCGCAAAAGAACUCCCUCCUUCGACAUCCCAAAGUCGAAGUUCACGCCGGCGAUCUUUCGGAGCCCAAUCUCGGCUUGGAUGAGGCGACAGUCACUCGCAUCUUUGGCAGCGCGGAUUGCAUCAUCCAUAACGGUGCCGAUACCUCGCACAUGAAGAGCUACCAAUCGAUCCAGAAGGCAAACCACGGAUCUACCCAGGAGAUUAUCAAGAUGUGCCUCGGUAAGCAGGUCCGCCGUAUGGUACCCAUCCAUUUCGUAUCCUCAGGAGAAAUCUGGUCAUCCUCGACGCUAGAAAUGGCAGAUGAAACGUCGGCAGCGGCAUAUCCACCGUUGCCUACGCUUACGACGGGAUACGGCGCCUCCAAAUGGGCCAGUGAGGUUUUUCUCGAACAAGUCUUCGAGGAAAGCGGUGCUCGCUGGCCCAUCUGCAUCCAUCGACCAGCCAGUGUCCAACCAGAUGGUAUGGAAACGGGAGCAGCAGUCCACGCCGACUCCACGAGCGUGGCAGACAUGGAUCUGACACAGACAUUGCUUCACUAUUGUCGACUCACCCGUUCUGUUCCCUUGUCCUCGCGAUUUCGAGGAUGCUUGAAUCUGGUGCCACUCCAAUCUGUGGUGCAGGACAUGGUGCAGGCUGUGCGGUCAGGACCGUCUGAAGAUGGGAAAAUCGCAUACUUGCACGAGAUUGGCGACACGGAUAUCCCCUUGGAUCAACUGCGCUCUGUCGUGCCGGGCGCAGUUGAAGUAGAUACCGAUGAGUGGGCACGACGUGCAGCAGCAGCAGGCGCAAAUCCUGUGCUCGUGACAAUGUUCCAGAAGAUGGCCGCUUAG